AUGAACUCGACCCCAGAUGAGGGCGAGAGCUUCCUGCGCGACGAGGAUGAUGGGGAGCAUGCGGGUGAGAUUGCUCAAGAGUCGAGAGCGCAGGAUGACAACGACGUGCCACACAUAGUAGCUCCUGAACCACGUCAGCCAGCGGAGAACGUGAUUGACGCACUUGAUACUGUGCUAGAGGCUGAACAUGGAGAUCCUGCUCAAAUAGACGGAGAAGGGGCACCACCAGACGUGCCGGGAACGAAUGGAACCGACAAUAUCCCCCCUUUCAAUGAAGCCACGAAGAGUCCGAGUAUUGACGACUCGGCCUCAAUCCCCGACGACACUCCUUCUGUACGAGACUCGGUGCUUUCUUCCCCUCGAAGCGAUGCAGCCUCAAUCCGCAGUCCCGUGCGCAGAGGUAGCCCUGCGACCGUCCAUCGUCCGUUUGAUAUUCGCUUUCAAUCUCGACUGUCAAGUUCCCAGCUCUCACCUCUACGCUCGAGUUCGCCUGCCUUCCUAAACGCCCAUUCCCGUCACUCCUCCACUGCUAGUCAGGACCAGCACACGCCUUCCGAGGCGGACGAAACCAUAAAUCCUUGGGACGUGAUCAGAUGGAGCAAGUUCAGAAAGAUCACCGGGCAAGCGUUUUCCGAGAUUGGCAAGAGAAACUUCGGAAGUCCAACAUGUCUGGCGGUGUCAGAUCAGUUGGUGCUGGGGACGUCCAAGGGGAUUGUUCUGGUCUUUGACCACCAUCAAAAUCACAAAGCAAUCAUUGGCAGCGGCACGAAAGCCGCCGAGAGUGGCGCUGUCACGUCCCUCGCAUUAUCCGCUGAUCAUACCACCAUUGCCGUUGGACAUGCAAAUGGCCAUAUCUUCACUUGGGAAUUAGCCCGACCAUCCAGACCCUUUUUGCACAUCCAGCCAAUUGAAGUCUCUCAACCUCAAGCUCGCAAAGGAGAUGGUCACAUAUCAGAGAGCGCUGUUCUUCACGUCGGGUUUCUGGGCUACAGGCAUACUGCGCUCGUCUCGGCCGAUGACAAGGGCAUGGCGUUCUCGCACUUAGCAACACGCGGUAUGGGAGCGGUUGGCCGCGUGGUCCGCACGACUCGAAUUCUGGGGCGUUACCCGGAAGUUGUCUCGCGAACAUCCAAGCCUUUGAAGAAAAGUUCUGUCCUGGCCUUUUCACCGUUGCCGCUGGGUAAUAUAGAGCAAAGGACAGAUAGUAUGGGACUCGUGGCAAUGCUGACGCCGUAUCUCCUUGUCAUUGUCUCGACGACACCUGUAGCCCAGACCCAGCAUAAAGCCGCCCGUCCCAAAGAGGUCGCGGCGCACAGCGCAAUGACGGCGGCGUUGGCAUGGUUUCCAGCCAUCAAGCUCAAAUCCCAGGGCUCGGAAGUCUCCAAGACAAAGCUUGUGUAUGCAUGGUCCAACAUCCUCACCAUCUUGGAAGUUCAUGGAACCCAGGGCGAUGACGACGUCGACAAGAACAAACCUCCCGACCUCCAAUUCCUGGCUCGAAGCCGUUAUCAAGCUGACGAGGCGAUUGUGGCGGUCCAGUGGUUGAACAAGUCGGUGUUGGCCGUAUUGACCAUCACCCAACAGCUCCUGAUCAUCGAAGACCUGACCAUGCAUGUAACCGAAGCGUUUGACCUCUUGAAGAAGAAUAUCUAUCAUGCAGAUCUCUACUCGCAACAGCUGCGAGCUAUCAUCGAACAGCUUGACGAAGAAGACACGUCCAUGCAUGGCGUGGUGGCGGAUGCAUUCCACAUGAGCUUCCGAGCGUACAAAGGCAGGCUGUUCUUGCUGGGCUUCAAUGACAUUUGGACCGGCGUCCUUACCAAUUGGGCCGAUAGACUUUUGGCCAUGAUCAACGUCGGCGAUUUUAUUGGCGCCAUCCGGCUUGCUACCAAGUAUUACCAAGGUGACGGGGAAAAGGUCACAAUUGGUCUUCCGGAAGAAGACAACGUUCGUGCAGGUGUCGUCAAGGAAAAGCUGGUCGAGAUGAUGACCGCCUCCUUGAAGUACGCCUUUGGCAAGAACCAGCAAGCCGGGAGUGAUCAAAUCGAAAAGCCCCAGAUGGCCGAACUUGCCGACGCCUGUAUCAAAGCCUGUCUUGUCAUGGAGGACGAGAACUUCCUUUUCGAAGAAGUCUUCGCUUGGUAUGAGGAGCAUGGACAUGGGCCCUUGUUUGUGGACGUCCUUGAGCCGUACAUCCUAGAUCACAGGAUCCCUUCGAUGCCUCCGCCUGCUCUGAAGACUUUGAUCAACCACUUUGUGCAGACACACACUCCGUCGGUGCUGGAGGAGAUUAUUUGCAUGUUGGAUACUGCCCCGAUGGACAUUGAUCAAGUGACCACCCUAUGCCAGCGAUAUGCCCUGUAUGACGCCUACAUCUAUGUCUGGACCAUGGCCCUCCGUGACUUCACGACACCCUUGAUGAUGAUGCUCGAUCUGGCUGACAGCGAGGAGCUUCCACGUCAGCAAGUUGUCAACGUGAUUGAUCGAUACGAUCUCGCCCAGAAGAUCUUUCCUUACAUUUCCUUCAUACUGACGGGUCGCGUGUAUCCCACUGGAAAUAUGCUAGGCGAUGAGGAGUCCGCGCUUGCCAAGGGACAAAUCUAUGACUUCUUCUUUUCAGGAGGAUCAGGUGCGAAUGGAGUGGCCAGGAGGAGGAGCGAUUCCAUCCUGAAACCCGCGGCCUCUUUCGGCAAUCUGUCUCGAGUGCUCCAUUUCGAUACCGCGAGCUUCAUCGCUGCCCUGAACGAAGCGUUUGAAGACAGUUAUCUCAAUUCGGGUGACGACGAUGCGCUCGAUAGUCUCGCCCUGAAUCAAACCGCCGCGACGCGUACCUACACCCGCCAAUACAUCGUUCGCAUAUUGCUAGAAGUGAUGUCGUCAGGUUUCGACCCCGAUGACACCAUCUACCUGGACAUGUUUAUCGCACGCAACCUGGCCAAAUACCCUCAGUACAUGGUCCUCUCGGGCACAGUUCUGCAAGAGAUCUUUAUUCGACUGUGUCAGUACCCAGAAGACGACAUGCAAGAAGAUGGCGAGUUGAGCAUCGAAUACCUCCUUUCCGUCUACCAACCACCCAACGUGCUCGACUUUGUUCCCCUCCUGCGGGAAGCCAGAUUCUAUCGCGUCCUCAAGUCUGUGUUCAAGCAAGAACGACAAUAUGCCGACAUGAUAUCAACGUUUUUCGUGGACAGCCAUGACCGAGCCGGGCGAGAAGAGGUCAGAGACACCGUCGAGAAGCACGCGCAUGAUCUCAUCAACAUCGAUGUCCCAAGAUGUGCUGCUACUAUUGAUGAGGUGGCGCCGGAUUUGCACCGCAUUUUCCUGCAAGCAAUGGAGGAUGAUCUCUUUGUACAGUUUGAGUACCUGAAGACGCUUCUAGAGCCUGAAGACCAUCUGCGCGCACGUCGGAAGUACGACCAUGAGAUCAUGGAGCAGUACGUUCGCCUCCUGUGCCAAUUCGACCCUUCACACGUGAGAGAUUACGUGGAAAAUAUCAAGGAAGGGGACAUUCGACUUGCAGAAGUUCUUCCAACGAUCGAAGACAGUGGCAUCGUCGAUGCUGUGGUCAUCUUGCAGGUUCGCCAGGGCCAAGUGAAGGAGGCAAUGGAUCGGUUAACACGACACUUGGCCUUCUUGGGCUCGACCUUGAGGAGCUUGAGGUCAGAUUUUGUUGACCAGGCCGACGAUGCAUCGGUCCAGCACCCGGCCACGAACCUCCUCGAAUCCUUGGACAAAUACACUCGAGUGGGCAUAUGGUUGUGUCAGGGGCAGAUGAAGAAUGUUCCCAAGUCAUUGCCAGUUGCCAAAUCCCCGAAAAGAUCCGCCAGUGCCACGCGUGCAUUGUCUUUUGAAGAAAAUCUCUGGCUCGACCUGAUUCUCUGCGUGGUGUCGAUAGCUCGAGACGUCUCGAUUCAUUCGCCGCCGAACCAGGAGGCACCACGAGGCGACCAAGCCCUCGAAAUCACGCAGGCCCUUCGAUCAACCAUUCAACAGGUCUUUACUGCACUCCUCACCAGUACUACAUCCAUGCGAGACGGGGCUUCCAGUCGAGACAUGAUGUUCUUACGCAUCCUACGUGCAUUCCUCUCACAUGCUGCUGAAGCAAGCCCGUCUCUUUCAGAACUGCGGAAUGUGAUCAGCUCCAUAUUUUCCGCGUAUGCAUAUGAGGAGUCCCUUCUGGGCCUUUCGAAUGCGAUGUUGGACAAGGACGUGUUUGUCCGCUUGGACGAGGUGGCUGCUCUGAGACAGCGCGGUUGGCGACCUCGAGGGCAGGUAUGCGAAGUCUGUCGACGACGUGUCUGGGGCCCGGGUGUCGGCGAAAAUGUCUGGGAGCAGUGGCAGAAAAAAGAAGAAGCCCGACUCCUCCGCCGACGCCGGGUCCAGCACGUCGAAGCCGUGGUGGAAGACGAUGAGGCUCGGGGCAAAGGCAAAGCCACAGUCGGAGUGAGCUCCCCGGAGCCAGUGGAGAGCGAGAGUGGCGGUGUAGUUAAUGACCCGGCCGAGGAGCUUGGUCCCAUUGUGGCGUUUUCCUGCCGCCAUCUGUACCACCAGAAAUGCUUGGGACAGGCAGGCGUGGAAGAGGGUGUCCCUGUUCCUCUUCCUCAGUUGGCGUGCCCGGCCUGCGUAUAG